AUGGCAGAAAGUGGAAGGAUUGAGCAGAUGUUUGAGAAGUUGGCUGAAAUCCUCACCGCUAAGGAACUUGUGAAGCUGGCUCAAUUAUUUUUGGCGAGGACUUCUGAACUAAUGUCAGGUACAGAAGAGUCAAAUGGGAAGGAGAAGAUGGAACAAUUGCAAGGAAGCUCAAGGGGGAGCGAGUUUCCAAAGGAAAAUAAAAAGGCGACUAUGCUCGGCAAUCUCAUCAAUCUCGCUCGUCCUGACAAAGGUGCAUCUAGGCAUGUCACGGGUGCAUCUAGUGAGUUUGAAUCAUAUAAUGCAUAUCCAUCCACACAUAGUGAGACUAUUCAAACAGCUGAUGGAACAUGCCAACCUAUUAAAGGUGUUGGUUUAGUAAAAUGCUCUCCAUCAAUUACACUGUCAUCGGUUUUGCAUGUCCCCUCCUUUCCAGUUAACCUACUAUCAUUAAAUGCUUUAGUUGAUCAAAUGGACUGUCGGGUUUCUUUUGAUCGGGAAAAUUGCAUCAUUGAGGACAAGAAGACAGGAAAAGAACUUGGAAUUGGCAUCAGGUAUGGUGGGCUAUGGUUCCUAGACCAAAAGAAAGAUGACAAGUUCUUGGGCGCUGCACUAACAGCAAGUAUGAAUGAUGAUGAAGCUAAAGUGAUGCUCCAACAUUGUCGAUUAGGCCAUUUAUCAUUUGAUACUAUGGUAAAAGUGUUCCCAGAGAUGAUGAGGAAGGUGGACAGGAGAAAGCUUGUGUGUGAUGCAUGUGAAUAUGGAAAGCAUACGAGAUCAACAUAUGUGUUGAGGACAGACAAUGGAACAGAGUAUGUGAACAAUGAGUUUGGCAAUUUUCUAUCAGCUCAUGGAAUAUUGCACCAGACAACAUGUCCUGAUACACCUCCACAAAAUGGAGUAGCUGAAAGGAAAAAUUGUCAUAUCUUGGAGAUUGCACGUUCACUUGUGUAUACUAUGAAUGUGCCUAAGUUUCUAUGGAGUGAGGCCGUGAUGACAGCCGUAUAUUUGAUUAAUUGUACACCUUCUAGAUUGCUUGGAUGGAAAACUCCUUAUGAGAUGUUACAAGGAGUGAAUGUGUUUACUGUUCCACCGAAGGUAUUUGGGUGCACUUGCUUUGUCAGGGAUCAUAGGCCGUCUAUGGGAAAGUUGGAUCCACAAGCAAUUAAGUGUAUAUUUGUGGGUUAUUCAUCAAGUCAAAAAGGGUAUACUUGUUGGUUUCCUACUGAACGAAGGCUCUUUGUUAGUAUGGAUGUGACAUUUCGGGAAUCUGAACCUUAUUACGGGGAGAAGACUGAUCUGAACUCCUUGUUUGAGCUUGGUGAUCCAAGCAUGAGUGUGGAUGAUCGAGAAGGAGUGGAUGAUAUGGACAUAUUACAAGAGAAGGAAGACAAUCAAUCAAGGGCAACAAAAGCUAUCAGCGGACUAAUUCCAGUCCAUCUGAAUAAUUCUAAUGCGAAUGAAAGGCAAGGAAAUAGAAAUAUUGAUAACAUGGAUGCAAGGCGAAAACCAGGCAUUGUGCAUGUUUAUACUAGAAGAAAGAAAACUGCUGAUGUGCAGUCUGUGGAGCAGCAAGUUGAGCAACCACAAAUGGUGGAACAACAACAUUCUUCAGCUGGUGAUGUUGAAAUUGGUGAUGAUGAGGUUGAGCAGUCUAUUGAAACAGGGGGAGAAGAAGUCGACCUUUCCAUUGGUUUGCCUAUUGCUCUAAGAAAGGAAGCAAGGAGUACCGCUGGGAAACCUCCAGCAAGGUUUAGACGUGCCUUAUGUGCAAUGGGAUACAAACAAUGCAAUGGAGAUCAUACCAUAUUUUAUAAACAUUUUGGGCGCAAGAUCACUGUGUUGGCUGUAUAUGUGGAUGAUAUCAUUAUUACUGGUGAUGAUGAAGUAGAGAUCAAAUGUCUCAAGGGGAAUCUAAGUAGGGAGUUCGAGGUCAAGGACCUUGGUCAACUUAAAUAUUUUCUUGGUAUUGAGAUUGCACGAAAUCCAAAGGGUAUUGUUCUAUCGCAAAGAAAGUAUGUUAUGGACUUACUUAGUGAAACUGGCAUGCUUGGAUGUCGUCCUGUAUCAACACCGAUUGAUUCCAAUCAUAAGUUAUGUGCUGAAUCAGGUAACCCGGUGAACAAAGAAAGGUACCAGAGGCUUGUUGGAUGA